AUGACCCAUAUAAGUGAAUUUCUGUAUCCUAUUUAUCAUAGGACAGAUGCCCCAGUGACCAAUGGGAGUAAGGCCCCGUACCCCACGACCAUAGCAGUAAAUCCCUGUACAUGAUGUUGCAUAGGAGGGAAUUCCUGUUUUCUAUAUCAUAAGGGACAUAAUCCCUGUACCCAAUGCCCCAUAGGAGUGAAUCCCUACACUCUAUGUCCCAUACUAGGGAAUUGCUAUACCCCAUUUCUCAUACGACAGAAUCCCUUACCCCAUUUCGCUUACAAAGGAAUCCCUGUAACCAAUACUCCAUAGGAGGGAAUCCCUACACCCUAUGACCCAUACGAAGGAAUCCCAACACCCUAUGACCCAUACAAAGGAAUCCCUACACUCUAUGACCCAUACAAAGGAAUCCCAACACCCUAUGACCCAUAUGAAGGAAUCCCUACACUCUAUGACCCAUACGAAGGAAUCCCAACACCCUAUGACCCAUAUGAAGGAAUCCCUACACCCUAUGACCCAUACGAAGGAAUCCCUACACCCUAUGACCCAUACGAAGGAAUCCCUACACCCUAUGACCCAUACAAAGGAAUCCCUACACUCUAUGACCCAUAUGAAGGAAUCCCUACACCCUAUGACCCAUACGAAGGAAUCCCUACACUCUAUGACCCAUACGAAGGAAUCCCUACACUCUAUGACCCAUACGAAGGAAUCCCUACACCCUAUGAGCUAUAG